AUGAUGGGUAUUCAUAAUUAGGUUCUGAAUUUUUACACCAAAAAUAAAAGAAAAAUUGAUCCUCAUCUUACAAUCUUAGGGCUAUAUUUAACAACUAAAUACAUAGUAAAAAAGGCUAAGCAUAUAUUAUAAACUUUAAUGCUUACUUAAGUUGAUAUUGCUAAUAAAUAUGGCAAAGGAUCAUAUGCUUUAAUUACAGGAGGAGCAGGUGGAAUUGGCAAAGAAUUUGCAUUAGAUUUGGCAAAAAAGGGAUUUAAUUUAAUUAUAGUUGAUUUCAAUCAAGUCAAUUUGGAAUCUAUUUAAUAGGAAAUCUUAAAAAUUAAUAGUGAUCUUAUGGUUAAGACAAUUUUAUUGGAUUUUGGCUAAGGAAAUAAUCCUGAAUUCUUUAAAAGAUUGUAAUAAGAAGUAUCAAUAAUAUUUUAGAUUAGAUCUCAGAUUUAGAUAUUUCCAUAUUGAUUAAUAAUGUAGGAACAGCCAAAGGAGCUACUGGUAUUUUUGAAAGGAUCCCGCUUUAAAAUAUCAUAGAAGGAUUUAAUAUUAACUUUGUCACAGCUAUUAUGCUUACUCACAUUGUUAUAAAUUAAAUGAAUUUGAGAGAUAAAUAUUAAUCUUUAAUAAUAAAUUUGGGUUCUGCUUCAUAGAACUUUUUUUUACCCUAUUAUUUUGGGUAUGGAGCAUCAAAAGUAACUUUUAAUUAAAUUUUAGAUUGGUAUGGCUAGCUUUUUUGAUGCCUUAGCUUUAGAAAAUCAAAUUAAUAAAAAAAUAGAUAUUUUGACAUUGAAACCAUACUAUGUGAGCACUGCUUUGAUUAAUUAUAGAAAGGGAUUAUUCGUUAUUUCUCCUGAAGAAUUGGUUCAAUAAACAUGGAAAUAUGUUGGUAGAGUUUCAGAAAUCACCCCAAAUAUAAGUCAUUAAUUAUAAUCCUACUUUGAUUCAUCUUUACCAUAUUAUUUAUUGAAUUAUGUGAAUCAACUAUAAAGAAGACCAUAAAAAAAAUGAAUAAUAUGUUUAAAAAUUUAUUAAGCAUAAAAAAAGAUUUAUUAUAAACAAA